AUGAGAGGUUCACUAAGAAAUUUUGUCGAGCGAAAUAGAUUCAGCAACAAGUUUAUUGGAAUCAAGCUGAUUAUUGUCGCACUUCUGAUUUUGAUUCUUGCUUACGUUCGGCUCGCUGCAUGCCUCGUACUCUCUGGUACAUUUUUCCAAACCAUCAAUCAACUUGAAGGAGGAGCUAGGUCAACCGCGAUCUUUAUCAACCUUCUGUUCAGCGUUUUCAUCGGGCCUUUACUUUCGAUAACCUGUGCUGUCGGCAAUUUUUUAGCGCUAGCUAAUCUACUCGGAAACCUCUGGAUUUUGCUUUUUCAAUCGAUCCUCUCCCUCGUCGCAUUUCUCAUCCUCGUCGAGGACAUUUCAAUCCAGUGGCGAACGCAACAUCUUUCAAACAUGAGUUUGGGCAGCAAUGGAAUAGCCACUUUCAACUACGAAAAAUUCAGUGAGUCUCCAAAGAAAAAAGCUUCAAAAGAAGAAGUCACAGUGGAGGAACUAUUUUCUGCCAUUUAG